AUGCUGUGCCCCGCAGACAUCGUUAGCAUGCGACAGCCAGCCUGUUGCAGUCCGGGGAGCAGCAGCAGUGCCUCCACGUCUUUGCUCGCUGACCUUACAGCUCCGGCCUAUUUCAAGUACCGCCCAGGAACAGAGCUUCAUAUUGUCUUCAGAAUAAAGAUAGGGGCAAAGAGCGAGUCUGUCCAAGCCAUGGGCUGCCAGCUUUUCCAGGAGAAUGCCAUGGGAGAUGAUGUCAAAGGCUUUGCUGAAGUCCAGGUAGUCUACACCCACAGCCAUUCCCUCACCCACUGGGUGUGUCGCCUGGUCAUAAAAGAUCAGGACCUGGAGAUCACCUUGGCUUUCUCGCCAUCGAAGAGGAACCAAAGGUGUUGCAAGCACUUCCUUCUUUCCUUGAAGAGAAAAAUGAGCUGGGGAUUCCUACGUGAUCUGCUGAGUGGAGUGAAUAAAUACUCAACAGGAGUUGGAAGAAUUUGGGUAGCCGUUGUGUUCAUGUUCCGCUUACUGGUUUAUGUUGCAGCCGCAGAAAACAUCUGGAAAUAUGAACAUGAUGAAUUUGAAUGCAAUAUCAAGCAGCCUGGUUGUGAAAAUGUCUGCUUUGACCAUUUUUUCCCUGUGUCCCACAUCAGACUUUGGGCUUUGCAAUUAAUCAUGGUCUCCACCCCUUCACUCUUGGUUGUUUUUCAUGUUGCUUACAGAGAGAACAGAGAGAAACACCACAACCAGAAACUUUAUAGAAACCCAGGAGAGAUAGAUGGUGGGUUGCUGUGCACUUACCUAAUCAGCCUCAUUUUAAAAACAGGAUUUGAAAUAGUUUUUCUUGUUCUGUUUUAUAAACUGUACAAUGGAUUCAAAAUACCGCAUCUUGUGAAAUGUGACAUAAGACCAUGUCCCAGUACCGUAGACUGCUAUAUUUCCAAACCCACAGAGAAGAUGAUUUUCCUCUAUUUUCUGGUUGCAACUUCAUGCCUGUGCAUCAUAUUAAAUCUAAGUGAAUUGAGUUAUCUCAUUUUCAAAUACUCCCUAAAAUGUUAUCUGAAGAGAAACAUGAAGAAACAGCAAGGCUCCAAAAGCAAUUGUCGCAACUCAGAAAUCACUGGUUACAACAGAGCAGCAGCUGCAGGACGAUUCCCUGACAGCUCCUCAUCUUUGCCUUGA